CAAAACCCACGCUACCACCGCACCCCACCCGCGUUUCUCCUCGCUCCUCGCGCCGCCUGGUCCUCGAGCAGAAGCGUUCCGCCGUCAAUGGAGGAGACUGAGGAGUUCGAGGUUGUCGGCCUCUACUCCGUGACUGGCAUUCCCCCGGAGGGUAAUGCUCCCGGCCUCGACUCCGAGGUCAGCAAGAAGGACACUCCUACCGUUGCGGCCACGGGUCCCGGCCUCUUCUCCGAGAUCGACAGGAAGGCCAAAGAUCUUCUGUACAAGGACUUCAGCACGGGCCAGAAGUUUUCCCUGACCACCUGCUCCAAAAAUGGACUCGCAAUCACUACUGCAAGCACAAGGAAACAUAAAGCUAUCUUUAGCAAGAUCCAGACCCAGCUGAAGAACAAUAAUGUUACAGUGGAUGUGGAAGCUACUUUAGAUUCUCGAAUUUUUCCGAGAAAUAAGAUGUUUACUACAAUCACAACUGAACGUCUUCCUAUACCAGGCUUGAAGAAGAUCAUAUCAUUUCCUAUUCCAUACCAGCAGACAGCUGGGAAGGUUGAACUCCAGUACCUGGAUGAUUACGCUGGUAUCAGUCUCGGCGUUGGCCUGAACUCAAAGCCUUUGGUUAACCUUUCUUGUGUGUUCGGCAACAAAACUGUCGCCGUCGGUGCUGAUGUUGCAUUUGAUUCUUCUACUGAGGACUUCACCGAGUACAAUGCUGGCCUUAAAUUCACCACUCCAGAUCUUGCUGCUGCUCUGAUGCUUAUCAACAAAGGGGAAAGCCUCGCUGCGUCCUACUACCAAUUGGUGAACGAAGAGUCAGGUUCGGCUGUUGGAGGGGAGCUGACCCACAGCUUCUCGAGGAAGAAGAACUCCUUCGCCAUCGGGGCGCUGCACGCCUUGGACCCUCUCACCACUGUGAAGAUCCGCUACAGCAGCCGCGGCAUGAUCGGCGCCCUCAUUAAGCACGAGUGGAGGCCCAAGACUUCCUUCACGCUCUCCACCCAGGUCGACACCAACGCGAUCAACAAGGCCCCCGAGGUCGGGCUGGCGGUGGCUCUCAAGCCCUGAUGUACCCUGAUGAUGAUGGCGAUGAUUCGAUUACGCCGAAUCGCCGAUCCCUUGUUUUAGUAGUAGGAUGGUAUUGUCCCGUAUCAGCAGCUCCUGAUGUCUUGUGAAGAUAGUCUGGUUAACCUCCUGGUUCAGCUUUGAUGCUGUGGCAUCUUUACUCUGAAACUUUGCCUGGUUGCAUUAUAUCCUGAGUAUUCCGCUAGUACUAGUGGUAUAGUGUUUCCCCGUAGCAUGUUUUAGAAGUUAAAACUGAAUUCGGGGAUUCUGAUGGUUGACAGUCCAAUCCAUACUUCGCCAUUUUGUCACUGUCAUCCUGUCUAUUGUUCGAUGUCUUUCACUUAUCUGCUACUCGGCUCCAUGUUUUAGUUAUUCUCGUACAGUGAAAACUGGUGCAAUUUGAAUGUCACCCUUUGAUGC